UAACCUUUGUCAUCUAUCCUACCCAAGAGAAGCAAAUGGCGGUGGCCAGUGACAGAGAUCUCCCGACGGCAAUUGGGUCAGACCACGACCGUCGGAAAGAUCUGAAGGCCUUUGAUAACACCAAAACUGGCGUCAAAGGACUAAUGGAUGCUGGAAUCGUGAAGAUCCCAAACAUUUUCAUCCUGCCACCGGAUGACAUCAUCAAGGCGUCAGUGGCUGGUCUGACCCAUAUACAGAUUCCGAUCAUAGAUAUGGAAGGAGUGGAAAGCGAUCGACGAUUGGAGAUUGUUGAUGAGAUCGGACGUGCAUCGGAGACGUGGGGCUUCUUUCAAGUGGUGAAUCAUGGGAUCCCUGUAAGUGUACUGGAUGAGAUGAUUGAAGGUGCACGUAGGUUCUUCGAGCAACCAGAUGAGGUGAAGAUGGAAUAUUACAACCGUGAUUUCAAGAGAAAAGUUUCUUAUCUUAGCAAUUUCGAUCUGUACCAAUCAACAGCUGCGAAUUGGAAGGACACCUUGCUUUGUAUAAUGGCCCCUGAUCCACUGGACCCUCAUGAAUUGCCUGCCGCUUGCAGGGACAUAAAGAUGAAGUAUUCAAAGUAUCUCACAGGGUUAGGGACCACGCUAUUUGAGCUACUAUCAGAGGCACUUGGGCUCAAUUCUAACUAUCUCAAAGACAUGGGUUGUGCCAGAGGCCAUGCUAUUCUAUCCCACUAUUACCCUCCAUGCCCAGAGCCAGACCUCACCCUUGGCAUAACCCAUCAUUCGGACAAUGACUUCCUCACUAUCCUACUCCAAGACCAUAUUGGUGGCCUCCAAGUUCUUCAUCAAAAUCAAUGGGUUGAUGUUAGCCCAAUGCAUGGAGCUCUUGUUGUUAACGUUGGUGAUCUUCUACAGCUUAUUUCCAACGACAAGCUGAAAAGCGUAGAGCACAGAGUGCUGGCUAACCGUGUGGGCCCAAGGAUAUCCGUGGCAUGUUUCUUCAGCACACGUCUCCAUCCAUCCACCAAAGUGUAUGGCCCAAUCAAGGAGUUGGUGUCAGAUGAGAAUCCGCCGAAAUACAAGGAAACUACGGUCGCAGACUACCUUACUUACUAUCUAGCAAAAGGACUUGACGGGAAGAAGUCCGCUCUGGACCAUUUCAAGCUGUGAUCAAAGAUG